AUGAAGCAGACAGUGGAGCUGCCUUUUAUCGUCUCAACAAGCGUGGCAAAGCCAGACCCGAAGACGCAGUUAUUCAUCAGAAGCCAUGUCAUGAAGGGCAAGAACAAGGGCAAGGCCUACCACAUCAGACGUAAAGGGACCAGGACGCCGGCGCAUACAGGGGUAGCGGUCAACGCAGAGUCACCCCUACAGGGCCCAACCAUUUGGGAUUACCGACCGUUGGGUUUCAUCCCGAAAAGAGUGGGCUCAGAGCUGUCAUUCAUCCCCUUUGCGGACGAGAUUGACUCGUCAUUGGUUGCUCCCGUCGUUAAAUUCAUAUCAGUAUCCAAGGCGCCUUUGUUUCCAUUGGAAAGCUGCAUAGACUUCGCCGAGCCCCCGGAAGCUUCUUGGGUUGAAACUCUCUGCACUGAUGCGGCCUACCUCAAUGCUACAGCCUUUUCGGUACAGGUCUACUACGACCUGUUGGCCGGCCGAGAACUGGAGCCUGUGUCGCCACUAACACCGACCUACACCUCUUUUUCCAAGACAGUCCGAUUCCUCAGGGAGAGGCUUGGGGACGAGGACGAACAACUGAAGUUAUCUGACAACACAGUGAUGGUGGUUCUGAUCCUGGCCUGUCAUGCUCACCGGCUUGGUCAGUAUAGCAUAGCGAGAAACCAUAUGGUCGGCCUUCGGAAGAUUGUCGACAUGAGGGGAGGCAUUACGGCACUGAAGACGAGGACGAAACUCCUAAUAGAGAUUUUCAGGUGUGAUUUAGGAAUGGCUCUUCACUCAGGAUUCAGCCCAAUCUUUUUCAGCGAUCCAUGUGCCGAGAAGUUUGUUUCUUAUCCCACACGACUCUCAUUUUCCAUACCGCCCGAGUUGCAAUUUCAUGAAGCACACCUUGUCAACAGUCAUGCUCUUGGCAUAACCGAUGUCGAACUUGGAAAGGCCUGGGACACCAUGCAGGCAUUCUGCUCGCUCAUCAACUACGCGGCAAAAUCAGAGCGAAAGAUACCACAACAAUUAUUCCUCGACACCAUGGCUUCAGCAAUGUAUCGCUUGGUCAGCAUGAAGUUCCCAAUCGACAGCCUACACGAAGCGGUGCGACUGGGCCUGUCGGCAUUCUGCUCGCAUAUCUUCUUGCAGUGGUCGAAUUCUCGGCUGCCGCAUCGUCAUUUGCCGACCAUGUACAAGGAGUGCUUGGCCGAGCAUCUCCGUUCCGAUAUGGGCCCAUCAGGACUUAUGCCGUGGUUCGUAAUGGUCGGCGCCAUGGCGGUAUUCCCAAAGGGAGACACUUGGCUGGAGCCUUGGCUGCGGUGGGCGACCAGCAUGCCUGACUCCGGUUCCUGGGGUGAGGUCCGAGCGAGGAUGAGGACACUAUUGUGGAUCGACUUUGUCCACGACAGAUACGGGGCGGACAUUUACAAUUCUCUUAGUCCGACAGAAGGGGCAACUACACCGCCCAAACUUAUCUGCAGGUAG